CAGUGGGAGAGUGAAAGAGUAUCAGUCAAAGAAAGAUCCAAAAGGCUGAAAGAGAGGGAGAGAGAGCGAAAGAUUGUCUGAGAGAGCCUCUAUGCGCUGUCCCACCCCCUGACUGGUCUUCACCUCCCCUACAGUCCUGAGAAGCCAGCCCCGAACAGAGAGAGAGAGAGAAAGAAAAAAGAAAGGAGAAGAGAGAAAAAGAGAGGGGACACGCACUAGCUCAGGACUCUGGAAUUCGAAACCUUUGGAGCAACACACACARACACACACACACACACUUACACGCACAUACACACUCCUGCACGGUCUCUGUGGUGAUUUGGAUCGUUCGCAGCGGGAAUAACUCUGAGCGAUCAAGAGAGAGAGAGAGAGAGAGACAGAGUGUGUGAGAGCGAGCGAGAUAGACUACAUUUCUUUACUUUGGACUCUACUGCUCCACCAUGGCACCUGUCACAGACAGAGAAACACGGACCUAGGAGCACCACAUUGCCAGGAAGAACACAGAUAGCAAGAGAGUACAAAGGUUCCAGUGCCACUGUGAGAAGCUUCUUCAGUCCCGUUGGAGCUGAGAGGUGUGCGGUACGACAGGCGCAGAACGGGGGAACGCCGCACAACGCCCGAAGGCUGACAUCCGUUUGGAGAGGAGAGCUAGCCGUCCGUUGCUACGACAACAACCAGACCCAUUUCAACCCUAGCCGGCCAGGCUAGUGCCAACCCCAGGACACCAUGAUGAUGGCAGUGACGAUGAUGACGACGUGGGGCUCCUUGCUCCUCGUGGCCUCCCAGGUCUCAUCCAGCGGAAUCCCCAAGACCAGCACCUCCUCUUCCUCGUCCUCCUCUUCCUCGUCCUCCCCUCGCAUGAAGCUCUCCUACAAAGAGCUGCAGCAGUUCCACGGCGUGCGCCGGUUCGAGCUGGAGCGUUCGUGCUGUUUCAGCGCKCUGUUGUUGGACGAGGAGAGGGGACGGCUCUUCGUGGGCUCACGCAACUUCCUGCUGUCACUCAGCRUGGAUAACAUUGCCAAGCAGGAGCACAAGAUCUACUGGCCGGCCCCGGUGGACUGGAGGGAGGAGUGUAACUGGGCAGGAAAGGACAUCAACACAGACUGUGUGAACUACGUGAAGAUGGUCCACCACUACAACCGCACUCACCUGUACGCCUGUGGAACCGGAGCUUUCCAUCCCACCUGCGCCUUCGUGGAGGUGGGACAGAAGAUGGAGGACCACGUGUUCAGGAUCGACCCYUCCAAGAUGGAGGAUGGGAAAGGGAAGAGUCCAUACGACCCCCGUCACCCUGCAGCCUCGGUGCUGAUAGGUGACGAGCUGUAUGCGGGCGUGGCCACUGACCUCAUGGGUAGAGACUUCACCAUCUUCCGCAGUCUGGGGGGACGACCGUCCAUUCGCACCGAACAACACGACUCACGCUGGCUCAACGAGCCUAAGUUUGUGGGUUCGUUCUGGGUGCCGGAGAGUGAGAACCCAGACGAUGAUAAGAUCUUCUUCUUCUUCCGGGAGACGGCGGUGGAGGCUCAGGGCCUGGGGAAGUCCACCUACUCCCGUAUCGGACAGCUCUGCAGGAAUGAUAUGGGUGGCCAGCGUAGUCUGGUCAACAAGUGGACCACGUUCUUGAAGACUCGUCUCAUCUGUUCUGUGCCGGGCAGUGACGGCAGUGACACGUACUUCGACGAGCUCCGYGAUGUGUUCCUGCUGCAGACCAAGGACAGGAAGAACCCUCUGGUCUACACCGUCUUCUCUACCUCCAGCAGUGUAUUCAAGGGAUCAGCUGUGUGUAUCUACACCAUGAAUGACAUCCGCAGGGCCUUCCUGGGGCCCUUCGCCCACAAAGAGGGUCCAAACUACCAGUGGGUCCCCUUCCAGGGCAAAGUCCCCUACCCACGCCCUGGCAUGUGCCCAAGCAAGACAUUCGGCAGCUUCGAGUCCACCAAGGGUUUCCCUGACGACGUGAUCCAGUUUGCCCGUCACCACCCUCUCAUGUUUAACCCCGUGUACCCCCUGAACCGCCGGCCCAUCUUCCUGAGGACCAACGUAGACUACAGCUUCACCCAGAUCGCUGUGGACCGGGUGGGCGCCGCAGACGGGCAUUAUGAUGUCAUGUUCAUUGGCACAGACAAAGGGACGGUGCUGAAGGUGAUCUCUGUACCUAAAGAGAGCUGGAACAACAUGGAGGACCUGCUACUGGAGGAGCUAGAGGUGUUCAAGGAUGCCUCAUCCGUCAUCAACAUGCAGAUAUCCUCAAAACGGCAACAGCUGUAUGUGGGCUCAGACACGGGUCUGGCCCAGGUUCCUCUGCAUCGCUGCAGUAUCUAUGGGAAGGCCUGUGCUGAGUGCUGCCUGGCCAGAGACCCCUACUGCGCCUGGGACGGCACCUCCUGCACCCGCUACCUAGCCAACACCAAACGGCGGUUCCGUCGUCAGGACGUGAGGAAUGGAGACCCCAACACCCUGUGUUCAGGAGACCACCACAAGCACCGGGUGGCAGAGAGGAGGCUGUUCGGGGUGGAAGGGAGCAGCACCUUCCUGGAGUGUAURCCCAAAUCCCUGCAGGCCAGAGUGACCUGGACCUUCCAGAAACAACCCCACAARGCCAAGGAAGAGCUGCGUCUGGAUGACCGUGUGCUGCAGACAGAGCGGGGGCUGUUGGUGAGGAGGGUACUGAAGCGGGACGUGGGCCUCUACCAGUGCCACGCAAUGGAGCACGGCUUCACCCAGACCCUACUGGGCAUCACCCUGGAGGUAGUACCCUCCUCCUCCUCUUCCUCCCCGCCCGCCGACCCUCUCCUUCGAUUGGACCCCCGCAGCGGAGGCGGCGGCCCACCUUCCACCAAUCAGAAGCUGUGGUACCGGGACUUCAUGCAGCUGGUGGACCACCCGAACCUCAGCUCCGUGGAUCAGAUCUGUGAGCAGGUGUGGGCGCGCAAGAGCGCCCAAUUCGACAAGAGCUUCCCAUCUUCUCCCGACAAACAGGCUCCGCCCAUUGGUCCCGUGGUCCAGCCCCCUAACAAGAAGUGGAAGCAUCUGCAGGACAUCCGCAAGGGGAGGAACCGCCGAACCCACGACGGGAAACACUCRCCACGAGCACCACGCAGCGCAGGGGAGUGACAGCAGAGAGAGAGGAGAGAAAGAAGGAGAGAGACUGAGGGUGGCGAGAGAGGGAAGAGAGGGAAGAGAAGGAAGAGGAAAAGAGAGAGACAGAGACUGAUAGAGACCAAGGACUUCUGGAGGGUGUCAACACAUACACAGCACCUCCUUCUUUGUGAAUAUUUAUCUUCCGACACCCCACUAGCUACUGCCCCAUGAUGCUUCACUCUGCCCUGACCCCUGACCCCCGAUUAGCUUGUAUCGCCCCUUUUUAUUCCCCCUAUCUUAAUUCUAUCUGUCCCAGCUCUCAAUCCCUUUGGAUAUACUCUCCUGGAGAACUUCUGAUGGAGACCUCACCUCUACAGAAUAGACUGAAAGGGUCCCCAAGUUAAAAGAAGGCUCAGUGUGUGUCACUCAAUCUCUCAACUGGAAUACAACUGACUCGUAACCGGAAUAUCAGAAUGGAAAAAGACACACAUACACACCACAGGAGGUUGGUGGCACCUUAAUUAGGGAGGACGGGCUCGUGGUAAUGACUGGAGUGGAAUCAGUGGAACGGUAUCAAACACAUGGUUUCCAUGGUUUCCAGGUGUUUGAUGCCCCUCCAUUUGCUCCUUUUCUGUCCAUUAUUAUGAGCCGUCCUCCCCUCAGCAGCCUCCUGUGACACACACGUUUACAACCCAAGAUGACAAUAACUUUGAUAACAGGGAUUACAAAUUGUGAGAUGGACAAAAACAAUGGGCUCCACAUACCUCCAAACGCACAUUGAUCAACUUAGGUAUAAUCACAUUUCACGUGUUUUGCAAAGAGAGCAUAAUGUAGAUGUGUGCUUUGUGGCAGAUGCAGGCUUUGAUAUACUUUUUUUGGUCCAAACCACUACAGAUAGGAGAAAGCACUACUGUCAUUCCAGGGUAUAGAGAGAGUUCUUACAAUGAGGUGAGAUUCUGAAGCAGAGAGAGAGAGAGUUUACAGGAUCAAUACAAUGGUUCCAUUGUGAUUCUAUUUUACAAAAUGGCUGACAAGGUAGAGGAAGUGGGCGAUAUUCUACCUGUAUGUUUAUGGGGUGACAAGAAACAUGUUUAGUGUUUUAUUUAGUCAUUUAUUUAAAUGAUCUGUGUGUAUUUUCUGACUCUAAUGACUUGUGUUGUGUGCUGACACAUUUACAUGGGGGGAGUUGAGAUGGUUCAAGUGACAGACUGCACAACAUCAAUGUGGACGUGGCAAAACAAUAGUGGGCUUUGAAUACGACAUCCCAACUUUGGGCUAAAAGCAUGAUAUUUAUAUGUGAAAAGAAAACAUCUCGAUUUUUAUUCCAAAUGGUACAUACAUUGUUCUUUUAGGCUACACUGUUUGCCUGGGUAAAUGAUCAGUAGCUGUGUGUGUGCGUGCGUGCGUGUGUGCGUAAAUAAACGUCCCUCCCUCCGUGCUGUGUCUGUAGGCCCAUCUCUGAGUGUUCAUUUUACAGUAUAUCUUUGAUGCCUUCAGUUCAGCYAAACACAUUUGUCCUCGGUGAAAUGGUGUGAGUAGAUCGCCACCUAGUUUCCUUUCCGUGUAUAGGCCUGGUCCGUUGACUCUCUARGGUACGAUUCAAUGCACGUCAUACAUAGUCUGUUGUUGACAAGUUGGCUUUUUAGAAUAAAACGUGCUUUAAAUGUUUCUCCUUUUACCGGCGAAGUCUAUGAGAGCAUACAGAUGUGCGGAAUCCKGUCUUUUAUUUAUAGCUGCUUUAUAAAGGUGUAAUUAUUAACUAUUGAACGACUGAGGCCAAUAAGUUAAGUGGGCUGUAGUUUUGUGCUCUCCAAUUGCAUGACCAAGGUUAGGGGCUAGACGGUGUACAAUGGAGACUUUGGCUGCCUAUCUGAAUGGCACUCUAUUCCCUAGUGCACCGCUUUUGACCAGGGCCCAUAGGGUUCUGGUCAAAAGUAGUGCACUAUAUAGGGAACAGAGUGCCAUUUGGGGYACACCCUUUGAGAAGUGAGAGGGACUUGUGUUCAACAAUGUUCAAUGUGGUUAUCCUAUGUAUCAUGUUCACAAAUAAGCUAAUAUGUUAUGGUGGAUAUUUUAUUUUAUUUUCAUGUAGAGACUUGGGGCUCUAUUCAAUCUGUAUCGAUGAAGCGUUACAGAUUGCGUGACAGAAACGUAAAGGUGAUUUCCAAUUGAGAUGACAAACGCAGUGUUUACUGUGAACGCAGUCUCUGCUCAUGCCGGGACAUUGCUUUUAAAUUGAAAUCAAGCUGUAACGCUAAACUACAGCGUUGCCGAUUGAUUAGAGCCCUGACAGUUGUACCAUACACGUUCUGCAAAAACUAUCAUCAGUCAAAAAACAUUUGGUAAAUGUUGAUCCGGUUGUCCAAUUAGCAUCAUUGUUCUUCACGCUGCCCUCCAACCGCUGAUCCUUUCUAUUCCAUGCUAUGUUACGCACCCCAACUGUGUGUGUGUGUGUGUGUGUGUGUGUGUGUGUGUGUGUGUGUGUGUGUGUGUGUUGUGUGUGUGUGUGUGUGUGUGUGUGUGUGUGUGUGGUGGUGUGCGCGUUUGGAGGAAAGGAGAGCUCUUUACAUAUUGGCUAAGGAGGAGAGGUAGUCUGUAGAAACAGUUCAAAGUUCAGAGGCCAAAGUUGACAUGGUGCACUGUAUUACUUCCAGAGUUCUUUGUGGAUUGUUGUGGCGGAUUGUUUUUGAUUAACACAAUAAAGUGCCCAGUUACUUUA